AAAUCUACUCUGUGUUUGCCCUAUGCAAACUAUUUCAUGGGUUUCUUUACCUUCAGGGGAAUGGGUCAGGGUGAGGUAUGGGAAAAGGGUCACCACUGGGUUCAGUGUCAUUUGAUUUUCUACGUGAGAGAGUCCCAUCACAUGGAAAGAAUGUUCUGCUUCAGGGCGUACUGGUUUCUCCCCUGGCUUUCAAAGCAAGAAACUAGUGUGACUUACAAACAUGAAUGAGUUUCAUGUUUAUAAUAAAACUGAUUUUUUCUUUAUCCAGUUGUUUUUCUUCAACUGCCUCAUUCAAAACCUCAGAUAAAAUCUUCUGGAAAUGCCACAGGUUCUGAGAUGGAUGUCAAAAUGGCUGCCAGGACUAAAUAUCUCCUGGCUAGAAGGACAUGUUUUGUUUUGGAGCUCAGACAAAGGAACACAAGCCAGAGCCCUGAUGUCUCCAGGAGAUCAUGGGAUAUAAACUGCUGCCCAAAAGCAGGCUCUGGAGAACCUCAGUAACCUCCAGGAAAGCUCUGAGGUUAGGGAGACGAGCACAGCCAAGGAAGACAUGAAGAGUCUGCUGGCAUCACUGAUCAUGAUUCUGGCCCUGGCAGCUCUCUGCUGUGGUGAGAAAGGUAUCAAGAUUAAAAAAGAAGUUGCCAAUACCUUUGUGAAGAGGCAGAAGAGAUCCAGCCUGUAUGAAUGGUACUAUGAGUAUUACAAAAGUCCAAUGGAGCAGAUGCAUGAGCGUUGUGAAAACUACCCCCCCUGUGACUAUCUUUCUGACCAAAUAGGAUUCUCCAUGGCCUACAACCGUUUCUUUGGGAGAUACUAGGGAUGGUACGGUCACUUUGUUUGUUUGGCUUUGGACCACUCUGAACAACCUGGGAGAAAGAAGGUUGUGGGUGGGAAGGAGAGAAGAAAACCAUCCAGACUGGGGUCUUCUUCUGUUGUCUCCCUUACCAGUUGGAACACCAAGGCAACAAUUAUUACACUUGUUAAGCUUGCAUUAGCUUUUUUCCUGUCACCAAAAAAGUCUCUCUUCAGUUGUCUUUUGUGGCAUUUUGAGCUUCACCAGAAAACUCUGUCUUACCCUGUUCCAUUUGAAUCCCUAAGACACAACCGGUGAAAAAAAAAAGGGAUUACUCUAAGGAAAAUCAAUAUACGCCUUAGCAACACAACUAGACCUUUUGUCCUCUUCUGCAAGAUGAGGGAGGGUUAUAGAAGAAGGAUGUCACACUGUGUGUAAAUGCAAUGGAUCUGAUCCUAGGAUGCUCACUGGGAAGAAGGCAAAAUGGUUGUCUCCUGGUACAAUGACUGGGAAAGUUCACUAUUUUCAGGUAGUAUGAUCACCCCAAAUAUGUGCUAGUGUAGGAUCAUUUUCUAAAGACAGAAGUGUGGAAAUACUAUUAUACUCUCACAAAAUUUGCCUGUAUAGCAACAACAGAUAAAUCCCAAAAGGCAUGUUUAAGGAGUCCUUUUAGAUGAAAUCUUCCAUUUGUAUGCUGCAUUCGGUGACUGUCUGUAAAAAGUAACUUGGAAAUCUCUUGUUGUUUGUGUUACAACUGGUUUCUGGUGAAACUGAUUAUACCCGAGCACAAUAAAAAAAUAAUCAGUUCUUU